CUUGGUGUUAACAAUUGUUGCAUGUGGAAGCUUUCUGUUUGGUACUCGUACACCCACUCACCUUCUGCUUUCUAUUUUUGUUCAAAAACCUCACGUUACGUUUCGUUGUCCUUGUAUGGGUUUUCACCAUUCGCUUGAUACAAAACUGGUAACUGUUUUUGAGCCAUUCUUGCUGAAGCUACAACCCUCAAUAUUUAAUGCAAACUGCAAGUGGUUAUAGCAAAUUGUGAUACAAGAAACCAAAUUUGAAUCUGGUCUAAAGACAUGUUUGUAGAAGCUACAACUUCAGUUGUGAAUUUGUCACCAUGUUUUGCUUUGAAAUCAGGUUAUUACAAGAAUCCAUCCUCCCGAGUUUCAGUUAAGUGCACUAAAACAGCAUCAGAUUCAUCUCUUGAGAAGUCUGCAAAUUUAGUUAAGGGAGUUUCUUUAAAUAAGAGAGUUGGGUCUUUGAAUGAUGUUGAAAGGAGGGAGAUACUUGGUUCAAAUGUUAUUGAUGACAAGAGUAGAUGGAAAGAAGAAAAGCUUGAACCUUUGUGGGAUGAUGGAUAUGGAACUCAGAGUGUGAAAGAUUACCUUGAUUUAGCCAAAGACAUCAUUAAACCUGAUGGCGGACCUCCCAGGUGGUUUUGCCCAGUGGUAGCAGAUGGGAAUGAAUGUCCUUUACCCAAUUCACCCGUUCUUCUGUUUUUGCCAGGGAUUGAUGGUCUUGGUUUGGGCUUAAUUUUGCACCACAAGUCUCUUAAAAAGGUGUUUGAAGUUCGAUGCUUGCACAUCCCAAUUCAAGAUCGAACACCAUUUGAAGGUUUACUGACAAUUGUGGAGGACACCUUGAGGUUUGAGCAUGAUUUAUUUCCAAAUAGGCCAAUAUAUCUUGUUGGAGAUUCUUUUGGAGGGUGUUUAGCUCUUGCAGUUGCUGCACGCAAUCCGACUAUAGAUCUUGUAGUUAUAGUGUCAAAUCCAUCAACUUCGUUUGACAGGUCACAACUGCGGCUUAUGUUUUCUGUCCUGGAGGUCAUGCCUAGUACACUUCAUGUCACAAUCCCUUAUAUUCUUAGCUUUGUCAUGGGUAAUCCUAUAAAGAUGGCAAUGGUGACUACUGAAGCCUCACCUACUCCAAAUGUUAGGAAAGUAGCUGACAACCUUACUAUGUUGCUUCCUCGACUUUCGGGGUUGUCUGAUAUUAUUCCAAGAUCAACACUUUUAUGGAAGUUGAAAUUACUUAAAUCUAGCGUUGCCUACACUAAUUCUCGGUUGCAUGAUGUUAAAGCUGAAGUGCUAGUGCUUGCAAGUGGCAAAGAUAACAUGUUUCCGAGUAGCAAUGAAGCUCAAAGGCUUUCAAAAACGUUGCAAAACAGCAAAAUAUAUUACUUUAAGGACAACGGUCACGCUCUUUUACUGGAAGAUGGUAUUAAUUUGUUAACAAUACUCAAACAAAGCUUAAAAUAUCGAAGAACAUGCAAGCAUGAUGUUGUAAAGGACUACCUGCCACCUAGCAUGUCAGAGUACAAAAAUGCCCUUGCAGGACACAUGUGGUUCCAAUUUGCUACAAGUCCAGUGAUGUUUUCAACUUUAGAAGAUGGAAGAAUAGUGAGAGGCCUUAGUGGGAUUCCAGAUGAAGGUCCUGUUUUGUUAGUUGGUUAUCAUAUGCUCAUGGGAUUAGAACUUGCACCACUUAUUAUAGAGUUUUUAAGAGAAAAGAAUGUUAUUGUUCGUGGUUUGGCCCACCCUGAACUUUUUACAUCGAAUUUUAUAAAUGAGUUUCUUAAAUUUUCAUAUGUUGAUUUGAUGAAAGUUUUUGGUGCCCUUCCUGUUACCCCAACCAACCUCUUCAAAUUGCUUUCAACAAAAUCUUUUGUAUUGCUCUACCCUGGUGGUGCACGUGAGGCUCUUCAUCGUAAGGGUGAGCAAUACAAGUUAUUUUGGCCUGAUAAACAAGAAUUUGUAAGAAUGGCCGCAAAGUUUAGGGCUACUAUCGUACCAUUUGGAACUAUUGGAGAAGAUGACAUUACUGAGUUGGUUCUUGACAAUGAUGAUAUGAUGAAAAUCCCUAUCCUAAACGAUCAAAUAAAAAAAGCAAACGAAGAGGCUAUUAAUGUAAGGGCUGGAGUGGAUGGAGAAGUUGGUAAUCAGAACUUAUUUUUUCCGGUAUGCGUACCAAAGGUACCUGGUCGAUUCUACUAUUUAUUUGGGAAGCCUAUAACAACAAAGGGAAAAGAAAAGAUAUUGAAAGAUAGAGAAAAUGCAAAAGAGUUGUAUAUGGAGAUAAAGUCUGAAGUGGAAAAGAAUAUGACUUAUUUGAUUAAGAAGAGAGAGGAAGAUCCUUAUCGUGGGGUUGUUAAUAGACUUGUAAAUCAACCGCUUUUAACCCCCGUGCACCAAGUUCCCACAUUCGAGCCUUGAAAAUGUAUAUAUAUAUAUAUAUAUAUAUAUAUAUAUAUAUAUAUAUAUAUAUAUAUAUAUAUAUAUAUAUAUAUAUAUAUAUAUAUAUAUAUAUAUAUAUUUUAAUUAUUAAGUUAAUGAUAUACCAUUUUCCAUAAUACAUGAGUUAUGUGUACAUAUUGGCAUGACUUGGAGGGUUUCUGAUAAAAAUUACUCUUACGGAUUUAUGUUAGAAUAUUUUAAUCAAACCAUGCAUCUGUUUUUAAAUGAGUCAAUACUGCGUUUGAUUAUGGAUUUAUAACAUGUCUUAUGUAAUGAUUUUUAAUAUAUAAUUUUUAAAAGAAAAUUUAAUUGAAAAACAUAUUUGUUGUA